UAUUUUUAAAUACUAACAAAAAUAUGUCAAGCUGGGAUUUUGAAGCACCCCAAUUUUAUGAUUUCGCUACAGGUGAUAAACCAGCAGGAUCUGGUGAUGAGUGGUUUGAUAAAAAAUCAAAAUCUCCGAGUGUAAGGCUGAGAAAAAGAAUCUCAAAUAAAAGUUUAACAGAAGACCCCAUUAAAAUAAUUACAAAUGAUAAAACAAACUCAAAAAAAUUGCAACAAGAAAACAUCAAUAAGGAUUUGUCAAAAAUGAAUAAUAAUAAAGGAAUUUAUAAACAGAAUUUAAGAAAAAUACAAAUUAUAAUGAAAUCAUGUACUGAACCAAAAAGUCCAAUGCUUUCAACACGUUUAAGGAUUAGGAAUGACCUAAAUUCUAAUAAAGAAAAUGUUAUAAUAGCUAAACAUAAUCAAACCAUUGGCAAUAAUGUAAAAAAAUCUACAAUUACCAAAAUUAUUCCCUUUAGCUUCGAAACAAAAGAUAUACUGAUUAAAGCUAAAAGGGAGGAAGCAAUAAAGAAUGAUCAGCUUACUCAAAAAAUGAAACAAAAGGCUUAUGAAUUUAAAGCUAACCCAAUUCCUAACAUAAGACAAAAAGCAAUAGAAAGAUCAACCAAACCAACUACCAAACCUCAUACAUUUAAUCUUAGAACUGAAAUAAAAGCACAAAAGAUCAACCAAAUAAAUAAAGGAUUGAACAAAUCGCCUAGAAUAAGUGGAGCUAUUGGUAAGUCUACCUUCUCCAAAGGAAACUCAACCAUGUCAAAUACAAGACGUGCCAAGCCUAUUGUUAGUUUAGUUAAAAAACAAAAAACGAAUACUUUGACUGGACCUAAAAAUAAAACCAUGAAUAACGUUACCAAGGUUAUGGAGUUCAGUUUUGCCACUGAUAAAAGAGCCCAGCAAUGGAAAUUGGCACAGGAAGCAAAGGAUAAAAAGAAAUGAAUAAUUAUAAUUAUUUUUAAGAAAAAUUUAUAACCACACUUUUCUACAAAAAUAAUUAUAUAAUUGAUAUUGACUUAAAAUUUAUUUUAACUAUAUUUUAAAUUAUUUUUUUUAUGGAUUAUAGAAAAUUUUAACAUAUAUUUUUAUAUUUCUUCUUUUUUAUAUCAAAAAAUUUUUUAAAAUGGAUAAUAAUAAAUGAUUUUAUAUAAUAUUUUCGAAAAUAAAUUGAAAUUUUU